UUCCGGCGUUCCAAGAAGGCCCUGUAUGCCCCAAACAUCGCCCCACUGGUUGGCUCGAGCCGCAGCCCGCCGCCGCCCGCGGCGCCGCGGCGGGAGUGCGGCGAGAAGGCAUAGCUUCGCGAGCCCUGGCGCGAUGGAGGGGCCAGCGAUGCUGGAGCAGACCAGGUUGUCGGAGGCCCCGGAGAUGCGGGAGGCAGCACCGUCGCCGCGGGGCGCCGCUCCAGGCCGAAGAACGAGGAGCGGGGUGCUGAUGCGGGGCGUGCUGCUCGAGACCGAGGGGGCCUCCGAGAGGGAGCUCGAGUUCGGGUCGUCGCAGGAGGACUUCCUCCUCCCAAGGAAGCGGCGGAGCGCAUUUCUCGCGGGGCUGCUGGGCCGCCCCUCGACGGCGCUCGUGGCGUGCGUCGUCGUGCUCGGCGCCGUCGCCGCCCUGCUCACCACGCGGCGGCUGGCCUCGCAGGCGAUCCGAAGCGGCGUGAGCCUGGUGCUGGGCGACCUGCCCUCCCAGCAGGACGGGGGGUGCAGCGCACGCCUGUCCCAGAGGGCGCUCGAGGGGCAGGCAUUCGUCCACAUGUCCGCGGAGAACGCCAGCAUAAUGGUGCAGGACUCAAGACCACAUGCUCAUCUUGGAGCCAGGGACUCCCCUCGAGGAGCUCCACAGGAUUGAGCGCGUGUACGUCGAGACCGGCACGCUGCGGCUGUACAACGGCCUCCAGUUCUCGCACCAGCAGGGCGCGACGCUGGCUUCGCUGCCGCCCACGGCCGACGUCCUGGCGGAGCACGACGCCACGGAUACGGCCCAGUUCGCGCGCCUCACGAGGCGCGUGCAGAGCGCCAGUGCGGCGGGCGGCAACGUGGUCACGCUGAGAGAGGGCUGCCGCGACUUCCACGUGGGCGACGAGAUCGAGUUGUCCAGCGAGGACGGGCACUACGAAAUGAACAUGAUCACCAGCAUCAAGACGAGCGGCGGUGACACCUGCGAGCUCCACUUGGCCUACCCCUUUUACUUCGAGCACAGUGGCACUUCCAGUGUCUCCAGGAUGGUUCACAAGCACGCGUUGUUGCUCCACACGUCGGCGCCGACUCCGGCGCCGACGCCGGAGGGCACGGCGCCGGUUUCGGCGCCGGCGCUGGCGCCGGAGCUCAGAGCGCCUGCCGCCUCGUUCGUCGUCGGCCACGUCGACUUCGCUGCGCUCGGCUCGCCCGAUAUCGAGCGGCUGCAAGGUGCGUGCCAGGAGAAGGUGGCCGCAGCAGCGGGCGUCGACGCUGCGCAGGUGGCGGUCGUCCUCGCGCAGGGCUCCGUGCUCGUGGACGUGUUUAUCGAUUCCGACAGGCAGGCAGACCUCGAGGCGCUGCGGGAGGCCGUCCAGGGCUCCUUCGAGUCAGACGCGGGCGUGAAGGCGUGCUGCGUGACUGGUGAGAUCACCAUCUCGUCGGCAGCGUCCGAGGAGCUGGUGGCGCGCGAGGGGAGCAGCGAGAAGGCAUCCGCCCACGGUCCGUCCACGGCCGUCGUCGUCAGCGCCAUCGUUAUCGGCUUCUCCGUCAUAGGCAUCGUCCUGUUCACGCUCGGGAACACCUCCAGGGGCGAGGGCUACAGGACCAGCUUCGACCCGCGCUGGGUGCAGAACCCCCCAGACGUCAUCGUGAUCCCCGGUGGCGGGAUCAGCAGGGACGGCUCGCUGGUGCCCUGGGUGCAAGGGCGCCUCCGCAGGGCGAAGGAGAUCUACGACGAGGUGAACGAGGUGAAGAGGCAGCAGCAGGUCACCUCCACCACCUACCUCGUGACGAUGUGCGAAGGCAUUCGGUACAGCCCGCGAGAUCCCCGGGGCAACAGGGCGAAGAGGCUGGAGUCCCAGCUUUCCGCCGAAUUCCUGAGGAAGGCGGGCGUGAAAGCCUCGGACAUCAUCGCCGACGACCUGAGCCUAGACACUAUGGGCAACGCGUACUUCCUGCGCGCGAACCAAACGGAGAUCUACUUCGCGAGAUCCUUGGUUGUUGUCACGAACGAGUUCCACAUGGCGCGGACAAAGGCUAUAUUCCUGAAGGUGUUCGGGCUGCAGCCCUUCCCCGACAACAAUAGCAAGUACACGCUGGUGUUCGAACAGGUAGAGAAUACGAGCAUCGAGCAGGCCGGGCUGAAGAAGCGAAGCGACUGGGAGGAGCAGCAGCUCUUCGACUUCGAGCGCUUGUCCGCGGACUGGUCGUCCCUGCACGACCUUCACGCGUUCAUCUUCUCGUCUCCCGGCGGGGACAGAGAGGCGCUGCUGUCGCCGAGGAUACACGCCUCGAAGCCCCCACGCAGCGACAGCCAGGGCCCGACGCCGUAGAGGGCCUCCUGUGAGACGAGCCCGCCUCGGGCGAGGCAGUCUCGGCGGCCGGACGCCGCGGCGGCCAACCCCCGCUCGGCGCACACGGGUCGGGGGUUGCAAAAUUCGGAAAAAUGUGCCCCUGGGCCAAGGCGCCCCCCGCUUCUUGCUCCAUGUUGAAGCCCCCUGGGGCCACCUGGGCCUCGUGAGGGGUGCUCCAUCUGGACCUCGUGCGGGAUGCACUGGAGGCCGCUCGAGCCUCCCUGGAGAUCCUGGGGCACACAGAGCCGGGGGAGGCACCUCUGGCAGCACCCGGGAGAGGACGCUCGCCAGCGGCCCUUGACCGGCGUCCGCAGCCGAUGGCGAGGGCCUCGCUCGCUAGUUUUUCGAGCCCAGUGCGAUCGCCGCACGGCCUGGGGCGUCCUGGCCUCAAGGUGGGGCUGCGUGGAGCUGGGACGAGGACCCAGGCAUGACUGCGUUGACGGAUUCUCAGCUUAUCCCCACCCGGAUGUAUCCUCGUCCUGGCUUCGCCUUGCCAGGGUAGCCCAUGGCCGCGGCGGCCCGCAUCUUUGGUUCAGGUUCUCUGCGCAAGCGGUGCGACUCUUGCCUGCUGUCGUGAUGAAGAUGUUCACGAUGGCAGUUCAGGGAUACGGGAGCACGCACGUCAUUCGAUCUCACCCCCAGCGGUGCAUCUUACUGGGAGACCUCAAGCGGACCUGACUUGUUAAGGUCACGCCUUUGACGCGGGGCAAGGUAGCCCACACUGCAUGGCCACAGCCGUCGCUCCCGGCCAAGCCGUGGAGCCACCCGCUGAGGACCGUCGGGGUCGCAGGAGCCGCUUGCGAGGGCACGAGGCGUUGCAUGGGCACGUCAGCCGGCAUCCGUCCCCGCAGGAUCCGCGGCGCCUGGCGCCUCCAGAGGAUUUUUUGGCGAUGUUGAGUAGUUAGUUCGACGCCCGCGGCAGACAAAGAGUCGUCCCGACAUAUCGCCUCUAGACAGCCCG